AUGGCACGGCGCCUGCGGAGGCUGUUGGAGUCCAAACCCAGCAAAGACUUCGAGAUGGGGAAGAUCCUGGUCCGCCGGAGCGGAGCCGAGGAAGCCGAGCACUUUGCCAAGAGGGCCAAGCGCAUGGCCCCGGCCAUCUUCUGGCUUUGUUGUGUCUCCAUCGCGUGCUUUGAGCCCCUCGACGCACGGAUGCGACGGAGGUACCUCACGGAGUUGCAGUCCUCAGCUUGGACCUUGACGCCCAACUUGGCUGUAGCCUUCGAACUUGGAGUGCCUCUUUGUUUGCUCCUCUUCCUCUUAGCUGCGCAGAAGGACCCCGGGAAGGUACCUGCUCGCGUGAAGGGGAACUCCGCCGUGGAG